CAGUCACAAGAACGAGGCAAACCGACCGGACGUGACGUUUCUACAUCGCUCGCUUGCACUUUGACACGGAUGUAAUAUUGGCUCUAAUAAUGGCUGCGUCCGUGCAGGUUGAUGUAAAUAAAUUGAGCCAUAAGCAGCUUAGGGCUGCAUUGAAGAAAGAGAGAAGAAAAAAAAAGCGCCAGACACUUGCAAGAUUAAGAGAUUCAGAAUUGCUAGAAGAGGACAGUGUGCUAGACGAUGAAUCAGGGGAAGAACGAAAAGCUGAAGAAGAAAGGCAACAACUACAUCAUGAGUGGUUGGAGCGGGAAAAGGUUGCUCAAGAUGAAUUUCAGCGUAAAAAGGAAAAAGAAGAAAUAGCUAGAAGGAAAAAAGAAGAGGAAGAGAGAAGAAUUAAAGAAGAGUGGGAAGCAGAGAAAAAGAGAGAAGACGAAGCCAAAGAGCUCAAAGAGCAGGAGAAGAAAGAGCGAGAGGAAGCAGUGCAGAAAAUGCUGGACCAAGCCGAGAGACCGCUAGAGAAUGGUGGUACUUGGCACAACCCAGAAGCUUCAGCUGACUACGGCACAGAGAAGGACCGAGCUAACUGUCCCUUCUUCCUAAAAACAGGAGCAUGCAGAUUUGGAGACAGGUGCUCUCGUAAGCAUCCUCACCCAAGUGCGAGUCAAACGCUCAUGAUAAGAAGUAUGUUUUUAACGUUUGGGAUGGAACAAAUUAAGAGAGAUGACUAUGAUACUGAUGCCAGCUUGGAGUACAGUGAUGAGGAGAUCCAUCAACAGUUUCUGGAUUUUUAUGAAGAUGUACUUCCUGAAUUUCAGAGUGUGGGAAAGGUUGUGCAGUUCAAGGUCAGCUGUAAUUUUGAGCCUCACCUAAGGGGGAAUGUCUAUGUGCAGUAUCAGACGGAAGAUGAAUGCAAAGAAGCCUUCAUGCUUUUUAAUGGACGUUGGUAUGCUGGAAGGCAACUCCAGUGUGAGUUCUCUCCGGUAACAAGAUGGAAAACUGCAAUUUGUGGUCUCUUUGACAGGCAGAAGUGUCCACGAGGCAAACAUUGCAACUUUUUGCAUGUGUAUCGAAACCCCAAUAGACAGUUUUGGGAGGCAGAUCAUGACUACCAUUUAUCUCCUGAAAGAAGUAUUCAAUGCUCUGGUCGCCUUUCCGACCGCCGUGAUCGAAUUAAUGAUCACCUGUAUCGUUCCAGAAGGCAAAAUAGCACCAGUCCAGAUAACACUCACAGAAGAAAUGGAGAAAAUGAAAGGAGGCGAGCUGGUCGAAGGAGUAGAAGCAAGGACAAGAGGUGGUCUUGUAGGUCUCGUAGCCAGGAACGGAAGAAAAGAUCCGAUAGAUCUAGGAGUAGAGAAUGGUCGAGACCUUCUAAAAGUAGAAGUGAACGCUGGAGGUCUAGAAACAAAAGCUGGUCAAGAUCUAGAUCUAGAAGUAGAGAAAACAGAAGGGUAUCGGUGUCACCCCGGGCAUCAAGGAGAAGGGCCAGAAGCAGGUCAAAAUCUACAAGCCGUAAUCAUGCUUGGAAGUUUUCCAGCCCAGACACCUCUUCAAGUGAGGGUGAGCAGAUGUCUAGUACCAAGAAAAAAAAACAUCACAAGAAGAGUAAAAAGAAGAAAUCAAAGAAGGAAAAAAAGAAAAAAAAUAAAUCGAAAGGAUGGAGUUCAUCUUCAGAUAUGAAGAGUAGUGGUUCAUCCCCAGAAAGAGAAGAAACAGGAGCAGAAUGUAAAGUGUUACAAGAAACUCCACAAAAAGAGACUUCUGUAUCUGUUGAAAGUAGAGAAUUAGAUUCUGAAACAGCAAAUAACAAAGAAUAACAUGAGCCUGAAAUCAGUGAAAAUUAAGGCAAAUGAAAAAGGAUUACUAGGAGAGCCGUCAUGUAAUUUCCAGUGGUCUGUGCCAUGAACACUGUGGAGUCCUUCUGUUAUCUUAAUGAAGUGUGGAUUGUGGCCAUUGGGUUUGAUGUUGUAAAAAAAAAAAAAAGAAGCUUAUGGUUGGUGUUUCAAAGCACUCCACCAUCUCAAACAGAACACAGUCAGUUGGGAAAAGUCGUCCAUGCCUGGUGACUCGGAGAGGUUUCUUUGAAGCCUCAUUUGUGUUCUGAUUCUGAUGAGAAAUGGGCUGGCAGACAACUUCAUUUGACUUGCUUUUGUAAAUAAGUGUUUUUGGAUGGAAACAGGAUUUCUUUCCAUCCAUUGUGUGUUCUAUGUCUUUUACAAAAUAUAUAUUUUUGUUUACAAAA